GGGACGACCGGAUCCGCGAGGCUGGAUGGCAGCGGGAUGGCGGGGACGGCCGGAUCCUCGACGGUCGGACGGCGGCCGCGCAACGGCGCGGAUGGAUCCGCCGCGAUGGGCGGCGGACAGAGGACGGCGGCGCCGGAUCCAUGAGGGGGAGGGGCUGCUGAUCCCUUCCCGCAAGCGGAUCGACGACGGCGGGGUAGAGCCGCGAUGGCGGCACCCGACGGGGAAAGAAAUUGGGUAAGUGCUGCUGCUGUGACUCAAUACCUAAGAGAAAAAAAAUGGGUUUGGGGAUGAGGAUGCCGCCCCCAGGAGCAAGAUGAAGCUCCCACAGGAGCAAGAUGAAGCUCCCAGGGGCAACGCAGCGACGAGGUCGGUGGCGGACGGAUCUCACUGGAGCUGUGAUACCAUGUUACGUUGGGGAAGGAGAGACUGAACUAUCAGUUGUAUUGAGAUAUGCCCAAAGGGCUAUAUAUACAAGAGGAGACCCCAAACCCUAGAAUAUGUGAAGUGACUAAACUACCCUUGACACAUAUAUAUACUCUAACAAAAACAAUGUGUAUUCCUAUGUAAGAACUUCUUAUAUUGCCAUUAACAGACCUCACUCUAUGGUGAACGAUCCGAUCUCUGCAGAAUAUAAAUAUGAAAUAUGAACUGCUGUCCUGCAUCGAUUCUUACUUUGCAAGGAAAGGAUGCUGUCUCUCCUUAUCUGCUUCAUUUUUUUUAAAUACGCUUAUGUGUUUGGGAAUAUGCAUCGCAAGGUGCUUAGGGGCACAUAUAGAAAAGAAGUGUAACAAUUCUUGCAACUGUCAAGGCAGUGAUGUGUUGGGCUAUGCCACACCUCUCACUUUAUGAUCAGAUUUGUGCUCUGCGGCUAUUGUUUGUUAUGCAUCUUGUUGUCAUGAUUCGUGCAGAUAAGAACUUUACUGACACUAACCAUUUAAACCAAUAUCCGUCAUUUUAAUGUCCUGUUCCAGGUUCAUAUUCUCUUACCACUUUCCAGCAGAGAUACCUAGAGGUCAUUUUCACUGCUCCAAUUAUACAGUUUAUUCCUCUUUUCGGCAUUUAUCGAAAGUAGUGGAUGGGACGAAACAAAAUAAAAUAUAUAACAACAACUGAAAAACCAUGGGAGUAGCUACUAGAAAGGAAUAAAGUGAGAAUUUCCUGCCCACCAUGCAUCUUCCUCUUUAUCAUCCAAUUCUCCAUUUGGUUUUAGUGUGGAAGCAUGGUGAUGCCACUAUUUAUCUUCUUCCUUUUUAGUAGGAUGCCUGCUUCGGCCAUUUGAUGAUCAUGCCUCACACCCAUUCCUUGUUGUUAGUCUUCUUUGGACAGUGUUUCAGGAUAUGUGAGAUGUGGCGAAAAGCAGCAGAUAGUCGAGUUCCUUUGGUUCGUCAGAUGAAAGAUAUGCCUGAGUGUGCCAAUCUCAGUUCUCUAUACCUUGCUUGCACUGACUGAGGUAGCCAAAUAUGGAUUACUCAAAUUUGCGGCGCCAGAUCAUUUCCAUGAAGAAAAGCCUCUUCGAUCAGGGUUACCUGGAUGAACAGUUUAAUCAGCUGGAAGAACUGCAGGAUGAUUCAAGCCCCAAUUUUGUUGAAGAAGUGGUGGCUUUGUUCUUCAAAGAUUCAUCAAGGCUGUUGACAAACAUAGAGCAAGCACUUGAGAAGCACCCUCAGGAUUUCUACCGGUUGGAUUCUUUGGCGCACCAGUUCAAAGGCAGUGGAUCAAGCAUCGGUGCUCUGAGGAUGAAGAAUGAGUGCUCUAUGUUCAAAGCACACUGCAGUAACAGGAAUCUGGAAGGAUGCCGCAGAUCGCUCCAGAAGAUGAAGAGGGAGCAUGCCACCCUGAAGCAGAAGCUGGAGACAUAUUUUCAGUUGCUGAGGCAAGUCGGUCCUCGAGAGCGUGCAGUGAACUCAUGGAAAUAACAAGAAUAGCGUGGAAUGCAGUUCCAAAGGAAAUAAUGGUGUGGACUACCUCUGUUCCUUUGGACGAGUAGUAUGCCCCUGAAGUUUUGCCCCUUCUGUUGCUCAUGGGUCAUGGGUGACGUGCUUGUGGUUUUUAUACCGUCUGGUGCUGUUGUAUACAGUUCGCUGCUCCUUGGUUAAAUGUGGAGUCUCGCAAUGUUUCUGUACUCUGAAAUGUAAUGGUAUCAAUAUAUAUGGGUUCUGUCAUA